AUGGGGAAGCACGCUACCGCACGUAGUGCGUCAACGCGUGGGGAGGUGAUAACAAAUCGUGGUGGGAAAAGCGCCACCUUGAUACCCAAAGAACAAAAUCGUCAGACAAUAGAAGGUAGCAUAAAUAAAAAUUCAACUGUUGUGAAGGAAGCUAAGGCGGGGUUAAAGAAAGAAAAAUCGGGCGGCAAAAAGUCAACGAGGUCCGGUCCCACCCCCUCUUCUAGUAAAAUUACCGAAGUUGAUAAUAACGAAGAUGGACUUACGAUGGAGUUCGAACGGGCAUUGGAGAUAAUUGAUCAGCCUAAGACGUUCAUCUUGGGUGGUGGUCCGAGCAAGCGUUGCUUCGGUGUGACAAUGACACGAGCUGUAAUGAAAAAAUUGAUCGGAGCAAAGGAAAAGGGCAUAACCAUGAAAUUAAAGAUAUCGGAAAGCAUUGAAAUUAAUCUCGGUGGAAAGGAUAAUAUUUUAUUUACAAAAAAUAAGCCCGACAAAAUAUCAACGAUUUUAGCUUUGAAUGGAGAUGAAAUGGAGAUUGUCGGAGAUGUCACUCAGCAAGUGAUCAGCACUAAAGAGACAAAUCACGAUGCUAAAAUGGAGUGUUUAAAGAGAAAUCUACAGCAACGAAUGAAAGAGGAGAAAAAGCAUAAGGAAAAGAAAAAGGUUGUAAUGCUCACAGAACUUCGACCAGAUCCAGAAGUGGUUAAACCAAAGAAUAAAACCAAUAUUCGGAAAUCAAUAAAAAAAAAGGAACCAGAUUCGAUUGCCAAGUCGAAAAUAGUGACUUAUAUAGGUCCCGGAAAGCCACCACCGAGGUUUUCCAUUGGCAAUGAUGAUCCAGGUGUUCCGCUCAAGAAGAGAGUAAUUCAUCUUAUUGCAGUGGAAGAAUUGACUAGUGAGCAAAUAGCGAAUAAAGUUCAAGAUAAUGUACCAAAUGUUCAAAAAAUAUUGAGUGAAACCGCAACCUUAAAGGGAGAAAUCUGGAAGCUCAAAACGGAGACAUGGUUGAUGCUUGAACCCUAUACCUUUCCAUCAUAUGACACAUCGAAGAUUAACAAGGUAGUCUCCAUGAUGAACGCCGCUGCCGACAAAUUAGGAUACCCGUCGGAUGCGCCCGAACGGCCACGUCCACCAAAGCCAAUAGCGUCCAGUAAACACUCAAACUCAACAAUUGAGUCCAGUGAGUCGAGCAAACGACGAAAAACCGGGUCAAAUGCAUAUUCGGAGGUUUCACCAAUCUCUAGCGCGUCCAAAUCUGCGGCACAACCUUCUUCCACUAGCAGUAAGGGAGGAAAGACGGUUCGCAAUGGAGUAAAGGCAAAAGGGAAGGGGUCAAAAGUUAAUAUUAGCAAUUCCGCGUCGGAACCGGUUUCUACCGAGACAAUAGAUGAUUUUCCAGAUUCUCCGACCAAAGUUAACACCACGACAACAGCUACUACCCGCGGAGGGCAUACAAGUCGGGGAGCAAAAUCUGCACGAGCUCGUGGAACCAAGACAACUUCUACGGUUUCAGAUCAGCCUUCAACUGCAGGCCGUACAAGUCAGACGACCACUUCUACAAGAGGAAAGAGAGGCAGACCUGUUGGGUCGAAAAAUUCCACAUCACGCGUGGCUAAAGCGACGACUCAGAAAACCACCACAUCAUCCGCGGAAUCAACGGUCAUUUCACGUAAUGGACUUCCAUCCAUAGGAACUAGUAACAAUAAUAUCUCUAAACGAAGUCCAUACCAUGUUGAAACUCUGAGUGAGUUCAGGGAGUUACUUGGUCGUUUCAACGAAAAAUUAAAGGUAUAUUACGAGAUAGAUGCACGACUCGAUAAGUACGUUACAGUAGCAAAUGAAAUACAAGCAGACAUUCGUAAUCUUCGUUCACCAGUGAUCAACGAGCGUAUUUUAGAAAAGGUUAGAAAUGUUUUUGACGAAGGAACCGAUGUUUAUAGUGAAGUUGAGAUGUUUUACAACAUAGAGGAAGAAUUGAGGAUGAUGAUCGAAGAGGGUAACCGUGCGGCAAAAGAGGCUGCCUACUGUGCGGAAGGGCAAUAUAUGGCGAUAUUUUUAUCCAAAAUUUUAAAGAUAUCAAAACCCCUUGUAGGAAUAUUGACGUCCAUAGAUCCAUUCGUUGAGAUCGCGAGCUCGGGAAGCUGGAGUGUGAUCGCCGAUAGAUCGAAGGCUUAUCGUAAAAUUAUGGUUUCAUGUGUUAUCCUUGGGACAGUCGCAUUUGGAACAAUCCCGGUCGUUGGGAAAUUCAUUGGCUUUCCCGGACUGAUUGCUUCAUUUUUCGUCUACGCGAUUUUCAAAGGAGGAGUCACUCCCUUGGUUGAUAACAUGACUCUGAAUAUCUUGCAUCGUAAUGGAGAGCCUAGAGCAUAUGGUCGUCAGCGUUUAAUGGGGACCAUAUCCUGCGGAAUAUCAACUGCUAUUCUUGGAUUUAUAAUUGAUAAAACGUCUUUCUACAUUUUAUUUGUCGACGUUGGAUUGUUCAUGAGCUUGUUUUUAAUUGUGAUCCUAUGCAUCAAUCCGGGAGAUUUUAGAAUGGGUCAUACGGCGCCUGUUCCUUUGCAACCCGAAGGAGGAAAUGUUGAACGAACCGCAGUCGAACAGAUACGAGUCGAAGAGGAAUCACCAGAUGUUCUCGCGACUGAUCUUCCUUUCAUGAAAGCUUUCAGACGACUUUUUAGUCCCUCUUUCAUAUUUUUCCUUUUCAUUAUCUUCCUAAUGACAACCAUCAAACAAGCUGCCUCCUCUUUUCUCUUCGUGUACUUGUCAGAAUAUUUUCAUGCUAGUACAAGAUUGAUGGGAUUGAGCACGUUUACGGGUAUAACAUUGGAAGUGAUCUUUCUUUUUUUCGCGCAGCCAAUCAUGCUUUUUGUUGGGCCUAAGGCGAUGAUCGUUUUAGGUGGACUUUGUUCUACACUCCGAGUCGCCCUUUAUGGAUUUAUUGGAACGAAGAUGAGCCCGUGGUUAUCUCUUCCCAUUGAGACGCUUCAAGGGAUUGAAUUUGCUCUGAUUAAAACUUCUUCGCUGGUAAUCGUAAGUCAAUUAUCGCAACCGCAAUUAAGGGCCACUGCAAUCGGGUUGUUAACAAGCACCAGAAAUUUAGGAAUAGGUUUGGGAUCAAUCGUUGGCGGAGUGUUAUAUGGAAUAUUCGGUGCGAUUAAAAUGUUUCAGUAUUUAACAUGGAUGGGGAUUUUAACGGUUGCACUUUAUAUUGGCGGAUCGUUGUUAAAGUAUCGAUUUUUCGUGCGUUAA